UCACUGCAGCGCCAGGAUUCCGGACAGAGAAGUAUUAAGGGAAUCCUGAAGAAGAGCCGUUCCACCAGCGUCGAGUCCGACCAUAGCGAGGAGUGCGCGUUGCUCCGGCAGAGCAGCGUCACCCUCAGUCACACUGAAAGCGAAGACGCCAAGGACGGUGACGAGGCGGACUUGGAGGAGGAGGACGACGAGCCGUUUUUCGACGAGGUGCCGGACGGAGGCGAUUUGGGAAUACGGCGGCACAGCGAGCACAGCAGCGGCAGCGGAAGUUUGGACGAAAGUCUGGAAAUGACUUCCACCGUGUCGGGAGACACAGAGGAGAUGGACAGCUUGGACGGAAGCCAUUCCUCCAUGAAACAAAGACUAGCAGAGUUCACUAGCGGCGACAGCGAGAAGAGAGAAUGGACGAAGAAGCCGAAACCGGCGGACGUGAUUCAGACGUCGCUCGCCGAUCGCUUCAGUCAGCUUCACGACGCGGAGAAUGCCUGGAAGAAAAAGAAGUCUAAUGUAGAUGCCUCGCCCAAGAUGUCCCUGGCUGACAGGAUGAAGAUCCUCAAGGACAAAGAGGAGCAGUGGAAGGGAAAAGGCAAAGGAGCGGCCAACGAUUCCGUCCAGUUCACAGUCGCCGGACGCAUGGCCAAGAAAGGUCUAGUGUCAGAUGCAGGGAAGGGAGAGUCCCGUCUUACGCCCAGGAAGAAGUUGGACGCCACCCCGGUAAAGCCUCUGGAAGAAAUCUCUAGUAGAACCGACGUCAAGGUGGAAGGCGAUAAAAGACUUGACAAACUUGAAUCGUUUCUCGACAAACUUCACAGCAAAGGGGUGAGCACAACCAAGACGUCAACCAUCGAAGUGACUGCAGAGGCUGAGAAAGAAGUGAUGACCUUGGACGACGACGAAACCUUCGGGAACUUCUACAAGUCCGUCUCGCCCUCGGUGUUCCAGGACGUGGUGGUGACGGAGGAGGACCUGAGCAAGAUCCUGGCCAACACACCCAAACUGACCUCGGCUGUGGCCAAGCAUAAGCUUGCGGUGCGACCAAACAGGAGGAACCAGGGUUCCAGGAACCCUCUGAGAGCGCUGGCCGCCCGCAACGACAUCCGGCAGGCGUACACCGAACAGAGGCUUAACAUAGCCAAAGUGGAGACCAAGAGAAUCCAAGUGGAGCGCAUGGCCAAACACUCCAACCUGGCUGACGUGGCGUUAGCCGGCCUUGCCAGCAAGGAGAACUUCCGCAAGGUCAACUUGCGCAGUGUCAAAUCCACCGAGGUGGUGACCAACAACAGCGCGCUGCCCUUCAAAAAGCUAAUGCUCAUACGCGUCAAAGGCCGGAGGCACGUUCAGGUGCGGCUGGUGGAGCCCACUUCCAAAUCCCUGAACAGCGGGGACUGCUUCCUGCUCAUCACCCCGAAGCAUUGUUUCAUGUGGAGCGGCGAGUUCGCUAACGUCAUUGAGAAAGCUAAGGCGUCGGAGAUGGCGACCUUCGUCCAGGCUAAGCGGGACCUCGGAUGCAAAGCUUGCCAAGUGACUGUGCUGGAGGAGGGCAUCAACACCGACAGCAAGUGGGCGAAAGAGUUCUGGACUCUGCUCGGAGGAAAAAGCCAAUACGAAGGGGCGGGCGAGCCAGAGGAGGACGAGCUGUACGAGAGCGGCGUGUUGGACUCCAUUGGAGUCUACAGACUCCAGGGAGACAAACUGGUCCCCCACGAAGACGCAUGGGCGUCCAUCCCAAGUGUCAGUUUGCUCAGUUCUCAAGAGGUAUUGGUGUUUGAUUUUGGCGGCGAGGUGUACGUGUGGACCGGCAAGGAUGUCCCUUUGGGGGACAGAAAAGUGGCGGUCAAACUGGGCAAACAGCUUUACAGUGGCAGCUACGACUACAGCAACUGCAGGGUGAACCCUCUGGAUCCCUCCUGCACAAGUAGCGACGUUCCGCAGCAAGGCGAAAGCCGCCCAAGCUGGACUCUGUUCGGACGCCUGUCGGAACACAACGAGACGUCGCUGUUCAGAGAGAAGUUCCUUGACUGGGCCGAGAGGCGGAAGGAGGAAACGGCUGCCACGGAGGAAGUCAAGAGUCCGGUCCGCUCCACUGCCGGCCCGUCACCCGACCUGGAACUGCAGCCGUGCGACGCCAACACAUUGCUGGACAACGAGCCACCGCCGGUCCAGACCGUCUUAGAGGGCGUUGAUGUCCAGCGAGGUCACGGCGUGGUGAGGACAGAGGACUGCAGGCAGGCAGAGUUGUCCACGCUGGCCGUGGACGCCUGGCAUAUUAAGGAGUACGGCGAGGAAGAGCUCCCUCGCGAGAGCCUGGGACAGCUCCACGAAGGAGACGCUUACAUCAUCCGGUGGAAGUACUCAAUCACCACACUCGUUGGAAAACGCCAAAAACCAGGAGAGCUAAGUGCCGGCGUCGCGGGACGGGAAAGGACUGCUUGCUUCUUCUGGCAGGGCCUUCACUCCAGCGUCAGCGAGAAGGGAACGUCGGCGCUCAAGACGGUGGAGCUGGGCAGCUUCAGGGGCUCACAAGUUUUGGUGAGUCAAGGGAAGGAACCUCCGUGUUUUCUACAACUUUUCCAAGGUGCUUUGAUCAUCCACAAGGGGAGUAGAGAUGAUUCCCUCAAAAAUUCAGAGGGUUGGAAGUUGUUCUGCGUUCGUGGUGAAUUGGAAGCGGAGGCCACGCUGCUGGAGGUGGAGUGUCAAGGCGCUAGCUUGCGCUCGCGGGGCGUCGUGGUGCUGCUACACGCCGGGGAGCGCCGUCUCUACGUGUGGAACGGCUGCAAAGCGCACCUCGGCGCCAGGCGGGUGGCCGAGAGGGCCGUGGAGCGACUCGUACGGGGGUGUCCCGCUGAAUUGGGUCUCGGCGCCGGCGAUGACGUGAAAGUGGAGGAGGUGGCUGAAGGAAGCGAGCCAGAGGAAUUCAAGAAGGUUCUGGGCUUGCGGGACAGGAAGUCGUAUGACUGCAUGCUUCAAGACCCCGGCAAGUACAAUUUCACGCCCCGGCUCUUCCGACUGAGUGCCAGUUCAGGCGUGUUCGAAGGAGAGGAGCAUUUGUACCCCGCCAGGGUGACAGAGGGCGUCAUGGCCAUGCCAUUCCUUCAGGACAACCUCUACUCGGCACAACAGCCCGCGCUGUUCCUGCUGGACAACCGCAUGGAGGUAUACCUGUGGCAGGGCUGGUGGCCGCAGGACGAGCAGUGCACGGGCUCGGCCAAGAUGCGCUGGGACAACGAGAGGAAGUGCGCCAUGGAAACAGCGCUGCAGUACUGUAAAGAAAAGAACUCUCGGCGCCCUCCUCAGGCUUAUUUAAUCACAGCAGGCUGUGAGCCGCUCACCUUUACUAACAUCUUCCCUUACUGGAAAAAAGACCCCAGCCUUGCCGCUAAGGGCUCCAAGAACAAAGUGACCUUAGUGAAGGAGGUUCUGUCCGAGCUCAGCAAGUUGCAGUACUCCAUCCAGGAGUUGACCGGCUCGCCCCUACCCGACGGUGUGGAUCCUCUCCGCCUGGAGGAUUAUCUUUCUGACGCCGACUUCAAGAAACUUCUGGAAAUGAGUCGGGUGGAGUUCAACGCGCUGCCCAACUGGAAACAGAAGAACCUGAAGAAAAAUAAGGGGCUUUUUUAG